UGUAAUUUUCUUCGUGCCUGUUGAAUGUUCAGUUCAGUUCUCUCUGUAACCAGAUCUAAAUUAUCUGUGGAUUAAGAUAAAAGGGUGUUAACAAUUAAAGAAGAAAAAGAAAUUAACUAAUUUGUUUCCUACUAAUUGUAAUGACUUUUACUCCGUUAAAUUGGUUAACUUUCAUGGCUUUUCAAUUGAUCUUCUGUUACCUUUCACCCUUUCCGACCAUCUUAAGUCUAUCCACCUCACCGAGUGACCUGACAACCUGGGAAACCGUUUUCCAAGAUCGUAGUGAUGAUGAUUGGCGAGCCUUGUGGCACACAGAGCGUCACAGAAGAUGUUACCAAGAAUUGGAAAGUCAUAUGAGGUGGGUUUGUAACAAGGAUAUUUAUAAAGUGAAAAAAUCCGAUUCAGAAGCUGAAUCCCACAAUCGAGUACCCAGAGGAUUAUUGGAAGAUAAUCCAUUCGAUGCUUUCAUAAGUAAAGAGAGCGCUUUGAAUCUAUUAGGCCAAACAGUGAGUUCAGUUAGACGGAAAAGAGGAAUAAUUGAUGAAUGUUGCCAUGGAGCCAAUGGAUGUUCCUGGGAAGAAUAUGCUGAAUAUUGUACUCAUAAUAAUCGAAUUAGAACUUAAACUUUCAUCGUCAUCUUCAUCUUCAUCAUCCAUUAUCAUUCAUCACAAUCAACCGGAAAUUAUAUGAGAAAAAAAAAAAAAUAAUUUAAGAAUUGAUUAAUUAAUGAAUUACCCUCGCUUUCACCAUCACAAUUACAAUCAUUAUUAUCGCUAUCAUUACAAUUAUGAUCAUUAAGUCCGGAAGCCAAUGGAAAAGUUUUUGCACUUGACCUGAUUUUUUUGCUGCAAUUAUUUUAAUUUAGUUACUAUUAGUUCAAGGAUUCAGAUCAUAAACAACAACCACAACAACGGUGCAACAGUUAACCGUUAACGAUAUAUUAACAGCAACAAUUAAUCAACAAUCAACAAUCAAAGAUAAUUAUAAUUAUCUUGUAUCUAUCUGUAGAUGUGAAUUACAAAACCCAAAUCUCAACGAGACAAAACUCAUUACGAUACAAAAUGAUAACCCAACGACAGAUGAAAAUGAUGCCAAUUAAUCAAAAUGGAUACAUAAUAUCAGGAUGAUUAUUAUUAAUAUUAAUUAUUUACUGAUAAUAAUGAUGACAGAAAGAUGAUAUUAUUGUGAAAUGUGAAAGUGAAAGUGAAUGAGGUAAGAGUGAGUUGUAAAGCAUAAAAAACAGGUUAGAACGACAAUGAAAAGUGUAAAGUUGACCUAAUUUGAUUCUCUCUCAUUAAUAUUAUCAUUAUUAUUACUAAUUCUAUUACUACGAUUACAAUUUAGCUUUAAUCUUUUUUGUCAUCAUUAUCAUCAUGAAAAUCUCAAAUCGAGCCUUAAAAAUAAUUAUCAAAUGUCCAGUUAUCUGUGUCAAUCAAAGUUUCUAAUUAAGCCCUCAUAUGUUUACCAAAGAUAAUUAGUCAGUUAAAAACAAACUAAAUUGAGCUGAUAAUUAAUUCAACUCAAUGUCAACUUUACAUUAUUUUCAUGUAUGUUUUAAUUACAAUGAUACUCAAACAAUUAUUCCAAUAAUUGUUACAUUGUUAUCUGAUCUAAUUAGUUCUCAAUUAUAAAAACAAUAAUAUAUUUAAUUUGAUUUGAUUUGAUCAAUGGGGUAGCCAAAGUCAAAGAAUCAAAGUAAUCAAUUGUAUUCAUUAUCACGCUAAUUGUUCAAAUCAAAUCAAAUCAUCAUCAUUAUCAUUAUUAUUAUCAUAAUAACAACAAAUCAUUUUGUAAAAAUUAUGAAUUCAAAGAGCAAAAAAUCAAAUUGUGUGAUCUUUCAAUUAAAGGUGUAAGUUUAAUUGUUAGCAUCAUCAUCACCAUAAUCAUAAUCAUAACCAUAACCACCACCAUCACCAUGAUCAACAACACUCAACAAGACUCCUACUUAAUCAAAAUUUAAA